AUGGCGCAGCAACGCGCAGUCGACUACAGUAAUUCGGGGCAGGAAUACGCGAAAAAGGCCCAGUUGUCGCCCGCGCAUCGAGCCGAUGCCGCUGGAAAAUUGGGCACCUCGUCGACAGCGCGCAAAGCUGCAUUGUUUCCACCACCAUCGCCGCCGCCAUCCGCCGCCAUCCUCGCCAGCCCGCCAACACCACCAACACCCUCGGCCGCCUCUUUCUCCUUCCUCUCUCGUCACCACCACCACCACCACCAUCCCAACUUGGCACACAUGCUCACCAUCCUCUCGCCCAUCUCGCAAGCAGCAACCGCCACACGGCCCCCGGCAAAGCCUCUGCGCAACGCAUCCCCCGCACGCUCCACCGCAAAACACCAUCUCGAACCCAACCCGUUCGAGAAAUCAUUCAGCUCGGGCCCCACCUCGUCCGAAUCCAUCGACCGUCGCUCCGACCUAAAGAGCGACUCCAAGUCCAGCCUCAGCACCCCUCCCCUCAGCACACGUCCAGGUGCCGCCUAUCGCGAUCGCACCUUCUCCAAGUCCCAGACAUCGCCAUCCACCACCAACAACGAAGCCGCGUCCACGCCCAAGCCGCUCCUCCCACCCGUCGCUUCCAUCACCUCGCCCGCCGGCGAGUCCAACGCCUAUCCUUGGUCCGCAGGUCUCACCAGCUCGCUUCGCUCCGGCCCGCUCUCGCCCGCCAUGCUCGCAGGUCCCCAGAGCUCCCACUUUGACCCCAACUCCUUCCGCACCGGAUUCACCCCCGACCUCUCCAACUUCAAGACGGGUCUCACCCCGCUCAGCGGCGGCAUGUCCUUCCCACCGCCCUCCCCCAACACCGCCGCAUUCCUCGCUGCCAUGGUCAACAACACCUCUGCACCUUCCACCUCGGCAGCCGCCAUCACGCCCAACACGCUCAACGCGCUCACCAACGCAGCCGCCUCCGCCACCGGCUCCAUAGACCCCACCGCUCCCAACGCGCCCACCGCACCCGGCGCUGCGCUCUCCACCCAGCCGCAGAACUUUGCAGGCAAGCCCUCCGACGCCCACAACGCCUUUGACCUCGCAUUCAGCCGCUCCUUCCCCAACGACCGCGCCGCCGCCGCAGACGCCAAAGCCGGCUCCAAACUAAAGGCGCAGGUCAAGGCGAGCGACUCGGAUCGCAGCCUCUCGCAGAGCAUCAGCCCGCAGAUGAUGCAGAAGCCUCUCGAUCCCGUGCCCGGCGACCAGCAGAACGCCGCCUCGGGUCUCUUCCUGCUCAGCCGCGCACACCAGGAGAUGGCAAAGCGCGACGGCGCAGCAGCCGCAUCCACCUCGCUCUACGAGUCCAAGCCCGCCGCCGCAGCGCCAAAGAAGGGUGCAAAGGGCAAAGGCGACGACACCAAGCCCGCCAACAACAAGCGCAAAAAGUCCAACUCGGCCGACGAUUCCGCCGCACCCGCCGCUGCCUCGUCGUCCUCAUCCGCCUCGAUCUCGGCGCCACCUUCCAAGACGGCCAAGACGGCCAAGGGCGGCAAGAAAGCGGCGGCAUCUUCCUCGAGCAUGAAGGACCUUGGACCGCCCGAAGACGACGACGAGGAGCACUGGGACAGCGACGACGACGGCAAGGGUGGCGAAAAGGGGCAGGACGAGAAGCGCAAAAACUUCCUCGAGCGCAAUCGUCAGGCGGCGCUCAAGUGUCGCCAGCGCAAAAAGGCGUGGCUGGCCUCGUUGCAGGCCAAAGUGGAGUAUCUGCAGAACGACAAUGAGAAUCUGCAGAAUACGGUGGGUGCGCUUCGCAACGAAAACAUGUUUCUCAAGAGUCAGCUGGUGCAGGCUACGGGGGGUGCGCCGUUGCCGAUGAUGCCGAUGAUGCCUAUGGCGCCGCCGCCGCCGCAUGGGGUGGAGCAUAUGCAGAUGAUGCCUCAUCCGGCGUACAUGCAUCCGGGCGCUUCGGGGCCACCCAUGUCGCAGGCGCAGGGGGCCUUUGUCCCACCGGCGCAGGUGCAUGUGCCGCGCGGCGGGAUGGCACCGGGAUUCGACGUGCAGCGACAGCGACAGAGGACCGAGGGCGACCAGGAUGUGGGCGCCAAGCACGAGCGCGAGUGGAGCAACGCCUCGGACGUGUCCAAGCAGCAAUCCGGCCCGGCGGCCACCAUCAAGGUGUGA